AUACCACUGCAACUUUAUACAUAUACCCAGGCCUCAUUGAUACAAUACUAGACCGUCGAAGACUCAUUCAUGAUGUCGACUCACCUUGCGAUACUGCCACUUGACAUUAUUGACACACUGACUGCGCGACUAAGUCAAGAAAAUCGCCCUCCCGGCCAUGCGACUCGAUUUCUAAGACUUCCACACCCGCGUACAGGUGUCGCUUCACUGUUCUUUCUCCAUGAUCAACACGCACAAGAUGAUACCACAAAGAAGAGUUCCAUAUUAGAGGUGCAAGCUAUAUCCCCGACAAAUGCGCGGACCUGGUUCAUAGGAGAGGGAGUUGUUGCUGAUGGAAAGCUCAUAGUGAUGACGCCUAUGGACCCCAUGUUUUUGCUCAUGUAUCUUUUGCGUGUUCCACAAGCGCGCGACGGAUCGAAAGGCAACUUCCGGCCCAUGCAGGAUAUCAUAGAGGAAGUCUCUGCGACGAUUGCUGAUGCUUCCGAGAAAGAUGCUCAGAAGGAUCCGUCAUUAAAUGUCUCCGCAGAUGACAUCAUUUCCUUUCUGUCUCUGGAUCUUGUCCAGUCCUCUAUAAAGCGUGUUUGCGACGUGAAGAUCAUAACGGAUGAGAUUACUGUGUACAGAUAUUCUCAUGACGUUGUGCUGGAAAAUCUCAAGGGAAAAGUAGGACGCUUAUCCGACCCCAGGGUUGCUGAGAUGUCUCGCACUCUGGUACGGAGCCUUGCGAAGGAUGGUCUGAUGGAUGAUGGAAAAGAGGAACUACUUGAAUUGGGACGGAUCAAGUUAGCCUGUGAGUUGCUAUCGCAAUACCUCCCCCGGGAUAUAUUGCAGCACUUGAUUGCGUCUUACGAUCUCUCCAAACUGGACGCUCAUGUGAAAAUGGUCAGAGAUGAAGAACUCGCUUUGCUCGCCGUAGCUCCCGACACCAAGAAGAGAGCAAAGCCUGCAAAAUCCGUCGCAGCUGGCGAUAAAAAUCAGAAGAGGAAAAAAGAUACCAAGGCUACUGCGAGUGCUGACGCUGACGCAGCUGACGAAGGAGAUAAGAAGAAGAAAAAAGAUGCCAAGUCGUCACACGGUGUAGAGAAGCUGAAGAAGGCCAAUGUAGCAGGGAUGUCAAAGUUGUCCACAUUUUUCACGAAGAAAGCUGGAUAAUUGCAACUUCGAGUCAUGCGCCUCACGCUUGGCCACACGCCAUGAUGCUUAGGCCGCGGUUGGAUCUGUUAGCUCAGGAAGAUAAUAUGUUAUUUAUUUUCUUCCUCCGAUCUCAUGGCCUCCGCAAGUACAUUUUCACACUGAGUCACUGACGAUUACUAUUCGGGAACGCUCUUGGAAAUAUGUGAAUACCCAUCAGGCUGCCACGAGUGUUGCUUUCCUUGUUUGUCUCGAGCAAGGUCUUCAUUACAAAC